CAUAAGAUGAGCAUGAGAGAGAAGAGAAGAAAUCGGUGGAACUCUUAGAGGAUUUGUAUAAAGAAAUGGUGUGACGAAGAGAAUGAUGGAAAGAAGAGAUGUAAACAUCAAGGGGGGAUGAUCAGGAAUGGGGAUAAAAGAGCCGGAUGUCAUUAUUUCACAAGAACUUUCCGGGAAGAAUUUCUGUGCCAUCCAAAACACACUUCUGAAGCUUCCGGAGUGUCUGUUGGCUACAAUCUGAUAUCAAGACUAGACUGGGAUUACCGCAGAUAGUCUGUCUUCAGGAUCCAGUGAGCUGGAGAUCACACAAACUGCUGUUUUAUGCACGUGUCAGGGGUUGAUGGGUAGGAUGAAGGGCAUCACACUGUUUUGGGUGCUGUUUUCAAGUUGGACCAUCCAAACACAAGCUCAGAUGAGGAUAUCGCCUGAAACGGUUCAACAGUGGGCCAGUGCCUUUGGAAAACAGAUUCGGGCCUUGUCAAACAGAUACUCAGGUGCCCAACUCUUACAGAAGAAAUAUAAAGAUGUGGAGCCCAUUAUCAAGAUGGUGGAAGUGGAUGGUAUAAAGAUGGUGAAGGAAUUUGCUGAAGAAAUGGAGAACAUGCUGGGCAGGAAGAUGAAGUCGGUCAAGAGAAUGGCAGAGAUAGCAGAGGAUGCAGAUUUAUAUCAUGAAUAUAAUGCCACAUUAGAGUUUGACUACUACAACUCCAUGAUGAUUAACAAAGUAAACGAGGAUGGGAACAAUGUGGAGCUGGGGGGUGAAUUUCCUCUGGAGGAGAAUGAACACUUCAACAAACUGCCUGUCAAUACUCAGCAAAGUGUCAUACAAGUGCCCACCAAUGUCUAUAACAAAGAUCCUGAUAUUCUGAACGGAGUGUUUAUGUCAGAAGCACUGAAUGACGUAUUUAUCAGUAACUUUGAGAAGGACCCGACUCUAACCUGGCAAUACUUCGGCAGUUCAUCGGGAUUUUUCAGACUUUACCCUGGUAUCCAGUGGACACCUGAUGAAAAUGGAGUUGUCACUUUUGAUGGCAGGAAUCGCAACUGGUACAUCCAGGCAGCCACGUCCCCCAAAGACAUCAUCAUCGCUGUGGACAUCAGCGGCAGCAUGAAGGGUCUGAGGCUCACUAUUGCAAAACACACCAUCAACACCAUUCUAGACACACUCGGCGAAAACGACUUUGUCAACGUCAUUGCGUACAGUGAUUAUGUCCGGUAUGUAGAGCCCUGUUUUAAAGGCACGCUGGUACAGGCCGACCUGGAUAACCGCGAGCACUUCAAACUUUUGGUGGAGGAAUUGCAGGUAAAAGGUGAAGGAAAGGUGAAGAAAGCCAUGAAAGAGUCCUUUAAGAUUCUGAACGAGGCAGCAGCAGAAGGCAGGGGUAGUUUAUGUAACCAGGCAAUAAUGCUGAUUACUGAUGGAGCCAUGGAGGAUUUCCAGAAGGUGUUUGAGGAGUUCAACUGGCCAGACCGCAAGGUGCGCGUGUUCUCAUAUCUAAUUGGACGAGAGCUAACAUUUGCUGACAAUGUCAAAUGGAUUGCCUGCAACAAUAAAGGUUACUACACCCAUAUCUCUACUCUGGCGGAUGUACAGGAGAAUGUAAUGGAAUAUCUUCAUGUGCUGAGCAGGCCAAUGGUCAUCAACCAUGAUCAUGACAUCAUCUGGACAGAGGCUUACAUGGACAGUGUGCUUUUUAACACACAGGCUGAGAGUUUGCUGUUGAUGACCUCUGUGGCCAUGCCUGUGUUCAGCAAGAAAGAAGAAACACUGUCUCACGGCAUCCUCCUUGGUGUGGUUGGCACUGAUGUCCCUUUAAAAGAGCUCAUGAGAUUGGCUCCUCGAUACAAGCUGGGAGUUCACGGCUAUGCAUUCUUAAAUACUAAUAAUGGUUAUAUACUCUCUCAUCCUGACCUUCGACCUCUGUAUAAAGACGGUAAGAAGCUGAGGCCAAAGCCUAACUAUAAUAGUGUGGAUCUGUCAGAGGUGGAGUGGGAAGAUACAGAAUAUGCAUUGAGAACGGCAAUGGUAAGAGGGGAAAGUGGGACAAUCUCUCUGGAUGUCAGAGCAACAGUAGAUAAAGGAAAGAGAGUUGUCUUCCUGAAAAAUGAAUAUUUUUACACCAUCAUCAACGAAACUCCAUUCAGUCUUGGAAUUGUACUUACCAAUGGUCACGGGAAGAAUGUUUUCAUCGGAAAUGUUUCAGUUGAAGAGGGCCUACAUGACCUGACAGCAUCUGAUGUCACUAUUGCUAAUGAAUGGACAUACUGCGAGACAGACAUCGAUCCACAUCACCGCAAAUUGACACAGUUUCAGGCCGUGGUUCGAUAUCUGUUAGGGAAAGAACCAGACCUGGAGUGUGAUGAAAGACUCCUGCAGCAGACUCUGUUUGACGCAGUCAUCACAGCUCCCAUGGAAGCCUACUGGACUGCACUGCUGCUCAACGCCUCCGGUAUUGAUGCGGGUGUGGAGACGGCGUUCCUGGGCACACGCUCCGGCCUCAUGAGGAUGACCAGAUAUGUUGGCGAAGAGAAACGUGUGGGGAAAAAAUUCUUAACUCCAUCUGAUAAGGAGAAUAUUUUUACUCUGGACCAUUUCCCUGUUUGGUAUCGGCGUGCAGCAGAGAAUCCAGCUGGAAGCUUUUUGUACUACGUUCCUACAGAGGACAACACAGGAGUGGAUGGAAGGGUUGUGAUUGCAGUCACGUCUGUUACAGUCACUGUAAACAAAAAGACAGCAAUUGCUGGAGCCAUAGGUGUACAGGUGUCUCUUGAGAUGUUGGAAAAAAGGCUUUGGUCCGUAGCCACUCAGGCGAAUGACAAAGAUUGUUCUGGUGUAGAGGGGCUUUGUCCUCUAAGCUGUACUGAUAAUGACAUUAACUGCUACGUCAUUGACAGUAAUGGCUUCAUCAUCAUCUCUAAGGACAGGACUGAUGUUGGAAGGUUUCUGGGGGAAAUCGAUGGGUCGGUAAUGUCACAGCUCUUGAGAAUGGGCAUGUUUAAAAGAGUGUUACUGUAUGACUAUCAGGGCAUGUGUAAGGCGAAUACUCACUCUGCUAGCGGCGCUCGACCCCUGCUAAGUCCCUUUUAUAAUCUCCUGGCAGCACUGAGAUGGUUCCUAUCGAACUUCUUGCUGUUUUUACUGGACUUCAACAUCUACGGUCUAUGGCAUUCCGAUCACUUUGUGGAGGCCAAGACCUUAUUCCAUUCAUCUGGUAAGAAGUCAAAGGGGGGCAUUCUGCAGCCAUGUGACACUGAGUAUCCCAGCUUCGUCUACGAGCCGUCAAUCAAAGAAACCAACAGCCUGAUCAAGUGUGGGAGAUGUCAAAAGGUGUUUGUAAUUAAUCAGAUUCCAGACAGUAACUUGCUGUUGGUGGUGAUUCAGGCAGAUUGUGACUGUUCUCGGCAGUACGCACCCAUCACCAUGGAGCCCAAAGAGGUCAAAUAUAUCCUUAAAAACCCAGCUAAAUCAGGCUCCCCAGACCACACACUGAGGAGAUGAAUCACAGUUUUGAAUGAGAUCAGAUUAGUCACUUAAAGGUGCAACCAGUAAAUUUACUUCAUUAGAAAGAACAAAUAUCACUCAAAUUGCUGGGUGCACUUUUAUGAAAUCAGAUCAAAUUUAUGUUCAAACAUAUAUCUUUAUAUAUUUUAUAAACAAGCAACCAACUGUAUAACAAAGUAUAUUCUAUUUU